AACACGUCUCAUCAACCAACCAGAAAAACCCCAUUCAACAUUAAUAUUUGAUAUCGGAUUUUGAAUAGGACAUUAAAUCCUCAAGUAAGCACCACCCUAAUUAAUUUUCAUUCAAUAGAAAGUGAGAACUCUCAAAACAGCCUUUCAUUCUUCAUCACCAUCAAACAAUUUAGAACUUCUAAAGGCUUCUUCAUCAGCAACAAGGAAGAUAAUUUAAAUUUUUAUUUUCCGCGCCUCUUUUAAUCAAGACACAGUAGGAUCGUUAGUUCCGACCACAAAAUCUUCCAUAGGAUUCACCACUUGUGCUUACUGCAAACAAGUUGUUGUGUUCCAGGUUUUUAGCUUUUAUCGAUAAAAAAAGACAAGACUUGUUGUAUCAUCUCUCACUCUAUCACUAAGAAGAAUCAAAGCAGCAGACUGUUUUGAUUGCAAGAGUAACUGUCAAGUUUGAAUAUUCAUCAUCACCAUCAUCAUUAUCAGCAAUAACAAUGUUUGAACAAUUAUUGGAAGGAAAGGCUUCUGUUGCCUUAUCUCAAUUAACUUUCCAACUGCAAGAAAAUGUAUAUAGUCAAUGGACGGAAGAUUACACUAUUUGUUUGGUCUCUUUCGUGAAUAGUAUUCUGUUUCAUACGCUGGUUUAUUUGGUUAUUUCGCCACUCAUAUCCAGAACUUUUAAAUCAUACCGUGAAGGAAGUGAAGAAACCAAGAUUGAGUGGAAUAGUCGUAUGGUUAGUAAUGUACAUGCUGUGUUGUAUGUCCUCUUGUCAUGUUACUGCAUCCUUAUAGAGAAUGCUUUCCCUACUUUUUCAAUGGAUGAAGCAACGAAAAUGUCAAGAUUUGCCGUUUGUUAUGCUGGAGGAUACUUUUUAUAUGAUUUGGUUCUGAUUUUCAGAUAUCCAAAACUCGGAGGAAUUGCCAUGUGGUUCCAUCACGGAUUUGUUCUCUUUGGUAUUCUCAGUAUUUGGUAUUGUGACAAAUAUUGGGUAGUUUUAUGUUACUAUUCCAUUUUGGAGGUUUCCACUCCUUUUGUCAAUGCUAGAUGGUUCUUGUUGGCUUGUGGAUUGAAGGAAUCACCAUUCUAUUUCAUGAAUAAUGUUCUCAUUUGGCUUGUUUUUGGAAUGUGUAGAAUGCCAUUCGUUUUAUUUGGACCUUACCUCAUCUAUGUGAAUCAUGACAAGAUGUUCCAACAUUCAUUCUAUUUUGCCUCCAUUCUGUACAUUCAAAUUGCCAAUAUUAGUAUUUUGAAUGUUUAUUGGUUUGGUUUAAUGUCUAAAAAGAUGGUGGAAACUGCCUCUUCCAUGUUAUCAUCCAAAGCAAAGAAGAAUUUGUAAAUUUCACUUCAUUACAAUCAAAGAACCACUCGAUUGAUAACAGUUGACAAUUAUUAUCAUCCAAAAGGUUUGAUUAUUAUCCUAUUUCCACAAACUAAUACCAAAACCUUGCAAUUUACCCAUUCAAUCUUAAAGUAAAACAUACUCAAUUGAGCCAUAAU